AUGAUCGGUACAUCUUUCGGUGAAUGGGUCUUUAUCCGCCUAUCCAUCGCCUUCUUUCGCUACACGCCAUUAAUUUACAUAUUUCUCAUUUUCCUCCUUCCUCUCAUCCAGCCCGUCGAGACAAUAUUUCCAGCUCUCUGUGUUCUCCUGGCAGCGUUGUUGGCAGAGACUGUGUACUACUUAUUUAUAUACAGACCAUUUCUCGGCCGGCUCAAGCGCGAUGCAAUUCACCCGCCAGCACUUUCGCGUAAGGAACGUGAGGCUCUGUUUGAGCGGUGUUUUGGGAAUGUGUCGGCGCCGGAUAUCUAUUUGAGGUGGUGGUUUCUGGAUGCGGAUCCGCAUGAGAUUCGAAGGGAUAAUGUGAGGGAGUUUAUCUUGUGGGCUUUCUUUGAGAGGCCUGAUGGUGAAGAGUUGGUUGAUGAAGAUGGCGAGACGGUGGAGGAGGAGGUUGAGCAUUAUCUGAGGCGUCUGGAGAGACGACUUGGACGACCGCUCAAAACUGGGCGGGGAAAUGCGAAGAGCCUUCGUCUCACACUUGACGGCAUCACGACGACGUAUCGCAGUCUUCCCUGGUAUAUCGUCAUCUUCAUUGUCGAUCAGGCCACCCAUCUCGCCUUCCGCUGGCACGGAUUUGAGUUCUAUCGCCGACCUCGCUCUUCUGCGCUUCGCAUGUUCCCUCCGCGACCACAAGAGCUGUAUCCAGGCCGACGGUCUCCCUCAACACGAUUGAGUUACUGGCACCGCCCGCACACAGCUCAAGACAAGCUUCCCGUUGUGUUCUUCCACGGCAUUGGAAUUGGAUUAUGGACAUAUGUUCGUUUCCUGGCUGGACUUCAUGAAACCGAUGAUGGAAGUGGAAGCGUUGGUGUAAUCGCCCUCGAAAUCCUGCCAAUCUCAUUCCGCCUCACGCCAGCCAUCCCUGAUAAGGCCGAGUUCUUGACUCAAAUGACCGCCAUCCUGGAUCACCAUCGUUGGGAGAAAUUUGCCCUCGUAUCGCACUCUUAUGGCUCCGUCUUGACAACUCAUAUGCUCCAUGAUUCCAGGCUCAAACAUCGCGUACCAUCACUUGUCCUUAUCGACCCUGUUACCAUCAUGCUCCAUCUUCCUGAUGUGGCAUACAAUUUCACUCGCCGAAAGCCAAAGCGAGCAAAUGAGUGGCAGCUGUGGUAUUUCGCCAGCACGGAUCCCGGUGUAGCGCUUUGUCUCGGUAGAUAUUUCUUCUGGCGCGAGAAUAUCCUGUGGAAGGAGGAUCUUUUGGGAACCCAAGACGAUGGCCGCCGUACAAGACAUGCUGCAGUGACACUUUCUGGUCGCGACCUCAUAGUCGAUACGGCCACGGUUGCGGAAUACCUGGGAGUUGAUCUGGAAUCGCGCACUCGAGGUGUAGUAGCCGAAUCGCACAACGGCGUCGAGGUGGUCAUGUUUCCAACGCUGGACCAUGCGCAAGUGUUUGAUGAUCGAUCAAGUAGAGAUUCGGUGAUUCAGAUGGUUAAAUCCAGAUGUGAGAGUUAG